UCUGCAGGGGGACUGAUUUCUCUCUGCAAUUUGAAUCUGUAUAGGUUAUAGCUUAUAUUUUGGAGAUUCACCUUCCAGAACAGCAAUGGCUCAGAGUGGGGACAGACUUGUUAAACGUGGUAUCUCAUGGAGACAUAGAGAAAUAAUGGAUCUUCUGCACUUCUGGGGAGAGGAGAAGAUCCAAGAGGCCCUAAAGAACACCCAUCGAAAUCUGGACUACUUCGAAAGAAUAUCAGAGCAGAUGGCAACCCGGGGCCAUAGGCGAUCGGCUCUGGAGUGCCGCUCCAAAACUAAGACCAUGCGGCUAGAAUAUAAAAAGGUUGUGGCACAUAAUGGAAGGUCUGGAAAUGCACCCAUCACUUGUCCAUACUACAGAGAGCUGGAAAGCAUUCUUCGUGGUGACGCCAGCGUUAAGCCAAAACGACUUGCAAGAAGUAUGAUUCUGCAAGUGAUGGGUCAGGUGCGACCUGAACCCUUGGUGCUCCAGGCAGGAUCGGAGGAGCUGUUCUCACACGAGCUGGAAACCAUCAAUGUGGUCGACAUCAGGAUGUCCUCCCCUUGUCAUUCAGGAAUGCCCAAUAACACCGGAGAUGAAAACAACAGUGAUGUGGAACAUGAGCUGGAUGUCACACCUGACGGUCUGCUAGAACACGAGACCAGUGAUGUCUGCAUAAGCGCUCCCACUGAUGUGUCUGAAAAGGAAAACUACCGUCCCUCACCUGGUGCAAACUCAGAAGGAACCCCCACAAGGACAAUGGUGGAACUGUCGCCUGGAACACGGCUAGCAAGAAUCAGGUCUAGGAAAAGGGGUGGAUCUGCAAUCCACAAUGCUGCAGACCGAUUUCUGACACAGGCCUCUGAGGAACAUCAGGAAGAGAUGGAGCAUCGCAGGAGGGAACAAGAGGAGACCAGGAAAUGGCGUGAAGAGGAGGGACGCCGGCACAAUGAUUUUCUUCUGGAGACCAGAAUGGAGCGCCAAAUGUUCCAAGAGGCCUGGUCAGAAAACAUUGAUGUGAUGCGAUCAUGUGUGGGAACGCUUAGAGAGUUAGGGAACGCCAUUACACGUCAACAGCAGCAAGUUUCCCAACAGUUGGUCCCUGUCACUGUGCAGGAGUGCUCCUCUGACUUAGGCAGAAAGGGGGCACCCAAGAGAUCUUGUGUGGGAAAAGCAAGGGAUCGUUUCACACCAUAGGAUCACACAUUUGGAACCACUGGUCAGUUCUUGUUAACACCAAAGAACGUCCACUUUAUUUUCAAGGGCACUGUGUGAUCAUUGUUAUCAAGAAAGAAAAACCACACCAGUCACUGAUAUGUUCAACCUUUGGGGGGGGGGGGGUUCAACUGAAAAUGUUAAAAUUUGAAAGUGUUCCACACAUGCACCGUAUUUUCUCAAGUCAAGUAAAACUAUAUACAACGAUCAGUCCCAUAAAAUCAUGGGUCCUGGGCCUGUGAAGGCGCAGGGGUGCCGCUCCUUGACCGGUUGCGUUCCCUCCUCUCCAUUGCCAGCAGCCUUCGCCCAUGCCUUGAUACACGGGCCUGCAGAGUUCUCACUUCUGUCUGCAAACUGCUCACUGAAACACAAACAUAGAGCACUGUCAAGAUCUCAAAUGCUUGCUGAUGAUUUGGGCAUUCUAUCAAGACAAUUACAGUCCUUACCGGAGGCCACAAGUCUGCCUUCCAUUGCAUGUAUCGAGGAAAGGAUUGUCUCCAAAGUGGGAGGAUCUUGGGUGGGCUGUUGGGUAUUGCGUCCGCUUGUGGAUGGUCUCUCUAGAUCAGUGCCCCGAGCAUCACCACCUGCAGUUUCUAGGAAAAAAAAGGGAUUCAAUUUGAUCAUUAUGUUCAGUGCUUGGUUAUCAAAGAACAGGAAACAGUAAAGUUUUUUAAAAUGUCAGCUGCUGACUGCCCAGUGUUUGUUGAUAAUAUUGCUUUGUGUGGUGAAUAUGUUGCAAUGUUGUUGA